UGUUCGACCAACAAACAAUUCGUGUCCGCUGCUAAAGUGUUAAAUUCUGCGUGCUCUGCACUUUCUGAAGUCCGCGAACCAAUAGCCCAAAAUGCCGGACCAUCUGGGCGAUGAUAUGCGCAAGACGAAGGGCGAUAACAAGGAGGUGGAGCCCGAAAUAGAAGCACUCGAUGAGGUCGAUAUUGAACUGCUGAAAACCUAUGGCCAAGGGCAGUACCACAAGUCGAUUAAGCAGAUCGACGAAGACAUCCAGAAGGCCAUGAAGCAGGUGAACGAACUAACGGGCAUCAAGGAGAGCGACACGGGACUGGCACCGCCGGCACUGUGGGAUUUGGCGUCGGAUAAGCAAAUCCUGCAGAACGAGCAACCCCUGCAGGUGGCACGCUGCACAAAGAUCAUCAACGCGGACUCGGACGAUCCGAAGUACAUUAUCAACGUGAAGCAGUUCGCCAAGUUUGUGGUCGAUCUAGCGGAUUCCGUGGCACCGACCGAUAUCGAAGAGGGCAUGCGAGUCGGUGUGGAUCGUAACAAGUACCAAAUUCACAUCCCACUGCCGCCAAAGAUCGAUCCGACCGUUACGAUGAUGCAGGUAGAGGAGAAACCGGACGUGACGUACAGUGAUGUCGGUGGGUGCAAGGAGCAGAUCGAGAAACUGCGCGAAGUCGUCGAAACGCCUCUGCUGCAUCCGGAAAAGUUUGUCAACCUCGGUAUUGAGCCACCGAAGGGUGUGCUGCUGUUCGGUCCUCCCGGAACCGGCAAAACACUGUGUGCCCGUGCGGUGGCCAACCGUACCGAUGCGUGCUUCAUUCGUGUAAUCGGCUCGGAGCUGGUGCAAAAGUACGUCGGAGAGGGAGCGCGUAUGGUACGCGAACUGUUCGAGAUGGCGCGCUCGAAGAAAGCGUGUUUGAUUUUCUUCGACGAAAUCGACGCCAUUGGAGGGGCCCGAUUCGACGACGGAGCCGGUGGUGACAACGAGGUGCAACGUACGAUGCUGGAACUGAUCAAUCAGCUCGACGGCUUCGAUCCGCGCGGUAACAUUAAGGUGCUGAUGGCCACGAAUCGACCGGAUACGCUCGAUCCGGCCCUGAUGCGUCCGGGACGGUUGGAUCGUAAGGUAGAGUUUGGGUUGCCGGAUCUGGAGGGACGGACGCACAUCUUUAAAAUCCACGCCCGCUCGAUGUCGGUCGAACGAGACAUCCGUUUCGAGCUGCUGGCCCGUCUGUGUCCAAACUCUACCGGAGCGGAAAUUCGAUCCGUGUGCACCGAGGCCGGUAUGUUUGCGAUCCGGGCUCGGCGUAAGGUGGCAACCGAGAAGGACUUCCUCGAGGCGGUCAACAAGGUCAUCAAGAGCUACGCCAAGUUCAGCGCCACCCCUAGAUAUAUGACUUACAAUUAGAGAGCGUACGAGUGAUGCAGCAUUGCGCGUAUUCUUAAUUUCCCCACAUUUGAGAAUAAAACAAAAAGGUCCUUGUCCUUGUUU